AUGACGGAGGCGAAGCGGCCGGCGGCGGCGGCCUACGACUACGAGGCCGACCCGUGCUGGGCCGACUACUGGUCCAAUGUCCUCGUCCCGCCGCACCUCCUCGCCCGCCCCGACGUCCUCGUGCACUUCCGCCGCAAGUUCUACCACAGAUUCAUCGAUCGUGAUUUGGUGGUCGAGCCUAUGUCAACCACUGGUUCCACUCAACCGAGCAGGCCAGACAUAAGGUCUUCACCUUCAGCAUCCAGUGAGAAUGUCAGGGCUCGCAAUUCAGGUUCUAGUUCCAGAUCAGCUGCCCCACCACCAACAGCACCACAAGCAGGGGCUGCAAAUCCUUUACGUUUUGAUGCACAGACUAUACAUUUCUCUGUAAAUGCCUGGGUACUGGUUGUUGCUGGUCUGGGAAUGCUUCCGAUCUUGCCAAAACAUCUUGCAGACAGAGCUUGCAAGCUUUCAUUGUUGGGAACAGUCCUCUCCUCAGGAUACUGUUUAUACAGUACUUAUGGGAAACCAAGAGAAUUGAACAUGCCUGCAAUUCAGAGUUGGUUGCAGUCAGUACUUGGAGUCAAGGAUUUUAUCCAUUUAAUGUUCGCUCUGUUGCUCGUCACAUCUCAGCUGCACUUAAAGAUUGCUGCCCUACCUGUGUUCUGCUGGGCGCUUGAUCAUGUUGCCAGAUUCCUAAGGCGUAACUUUUCCCGCUCGUCUUUCUACAGGGGAUACUUGGAAGAGCCUUGCCUUUGGGUGGAGACAAACAACAUCACGCUCAGCCUUCUUAGCUCAAAUGCUGAAGUUGCCUUGGGGUUUCUUCUGAUCAUAUCGCUGUUCUCGUGGCGGCGCAACUUCAUACAGACAUUCAUGUACUGGACCGUGCUGAAGAUGAUGUACCGCGCGCCUGUGACAUCCAGCUACCACCAUAGCGCGUGGGCGAAGAUCAUGCGGACCUUGAACCCGUACAUCGACCGCUUCUGUGGCAUAUUGUAG